AUCAUUAAUUUAAUGCUCUUAAAAUCUUUAUGGACCACCACAAGGGCCAAGAUAUUUGCUUGCAGCCUUGCAUAUGUCAGCUUGUAAAUUCGAAACUCAUAAGCACUUGCAUGAAGCAUCUUGUUUACUAAUUUGUUCUUUUAUUUUAAUUUGCAGGAUGAGCUUUGAUGGGUUUUACUGGUGCAACCCUUACCCUCCCUGGUUUAGCUUCGGCUAUCAUGGGCAGCAACUACAUUGUUUAAUCAACAGCAUUUACCUUAAAGCUAUAUGUCUUCUUGUCCUGAUUGUUGUACAACUUCCAGUUUUGAAUGUUUGUAGGAAUUUUCCAAUUUCACAAUAAUACACAAGAACUUCCUCCAGAAUCUGAAUGUGAUUUGCUCAGAAGAGCCUUUUUUUGGUAUAUGGGUCAGGUUGCGCACA